GAGCUGAGCUGGACUCUAUUCCCAGCCGCUUCUCGUCUGUUUACGUUUUUUCUUCAACAUGGAGGACGAAGUGGAUGUUGACAUCGAGGGAGACGAUUUUAACUGCAAUGCAGGAGAGAUGGACGCGGCGGGGUUAGUUCAGGAGCAGUUCGCCCAGCCAGUGGACAGAAGCAGCUCCUGGAUGCUGCCCUGGGAGCUGGACAGCUCCAUCAGCCCAGAGAACAGAGAGGCGAUAGAGAGGAUGCUGAUGGAGGAGCAAUAUUAUUUGACGGGGGAGAGGAUUCCUGACAUUUUGCCCAGUGAUCCCAAUAAAAAGCCCAAAGUAAAGAAAUCUCCGACCAAAAGCUCUUCUUCUGCCUCUGUUUCAAUUUCAACUCGCUGGUCCAAACAGGAAAAAGAGCUUUUUGAGAAGGGACUGGCUCAGUACGGUCGGAGGUGGACAAAAAUCGCCAAGCUGGUGGACACUCGAAGUGUCCUUCAGGUCAAGAGUUAUGCCAGGCAGUACUUUAAACAAAAGGCUAAAUCAGACUCUGGAGCUGCAGCUCCCCCAAAGCAGCAGCAUCAGCCUCCUCCGUCCACAAUGAUCAACACCGUUCGCAUAGAGAGGCUUUCUGAUGACGAGGAUGUAGACAUCACUGAUGAUCUGAGUGAUACUGAUGGAGAGGACAUGAAAAGUGAAAUCAGUGCGGCGGCGAAGACGCCAGAGGCUGAGACUCAAACAGAACGGCUCACAGAGCAGCAGAAAGAGACGACCCUGUUGGAAAACAUCAGAGAGAUGAAGGAUCAUCCCUGCCUGAGCUCUUCCUCUGUGCAAAGUCCUCCACCGUCUGUCAUCUCUUGCACUGAGGAGGAAGAUAAACCGACAUCAAAUGAGGAUGUUUUAAAGACGGAGCAUCCUGGGAUAGAAGCAGAAAAAGACUCAGCUGAUCACAGUGAUGACCAGAGCUCCCAGUGUGAAACCUCCAUGCCUGCUGGUCAACCCUCAGCAGCGUCUUAUGACUCCACAGAUUCUGCUGAAAACAUCAUCAUUAAUAGACCAGAGAAAGACCAGGAGGACGAAGACGAGGAAGUGGAAGAGCUCAAGGCCCCUGAGCAGGAAACUGAGAUGGACACAGAGACCAUCACGGAGGAUGAGAAACAAGCCAUCCCCGAGUUCUUCGAAGGUCGGCCAUCAAAAACCCCCGAAAGAUAUCUGAAGAUACGGAACUACAUCCUGGAUCAAUGGCGGAGGAGCAAGCCCAAAUACCUGAAUAAGACGUCAGUCCGUCCUGGUCUGAAGAACUGUGGAGACGUGAACUGCAUCGGCAGGAUACACACUUACCUGGAGCUCAUUGGAGCUAUCAACUUCAACUGUGAGCAAGCGGUGUAUAAUCGACCCAAACUGGUGGACCGGUCCAAAUCCAAGGAGGGAAAAGAGGUGCUUGAGGCCUAUCAGCUAGCUCAGAGGCUGCAGAGCAUGCGGACCAGGAAGAGGCGCGUUCGGGACGUAUGGGGGAACUGGUGUGACGCUAGAGAUUUGGAAGGACAGACUUAUGAGCACCUCAGCGCCGAGGAGUUGGCUGUGAGGAGAGAGGAGAUAAAGAAGCAGCCUAAACCCUGCAAGAUGUCCAGACACAAAGGGUCUAUUGAUCCAUUCAUGCUGAUUCCUUGCAGAUCUUUUGAGAAAGAUGUACAGGUCAGUGAGCAUUAUUCUCAUUGUCUAAUCAAACCGUUGCAGUUAAAUAUGCAUGCCCACGUCUCAAGAGGAGAAGUCAUUGGUCUGCUGGGUGGAACAUUUAACAAGGAGGAGAAAAUACUGGAGAUCUGUGCAGCAGAACCAUGUAACAGCGUGAGCACAGGUCUGCAGUGUGAGAUGGACCCGCUGUCACAGACUCAGGCCUGCGACGUGCUGUCGUCCCUGGGCUUCAGUGUCGUGGGCUGGUACCACUCACACCCCUCUUUUCAACCAAACCCGUCAGUGCGGGACAUCAACACACAGGACCAGUUCCAGAGUUAUUUUUCCCGUGGCGGAGCCCCCUUCAUCGGGAUGAUAGUCAGCCCGUAUGACUCCGCUAACACUUCACCCCACUCCCAAAUCACCUGCCUGUUGGUGAAAGAAAGCAAAGAGCCCUCCGGCCAAAACAAGCUGCCGUACAGAUUCAACUUCCUGUCAUCACAAAAUCCUCCUGACUGGAAGCAGACCAUGAGGAGGGCUCAGUGGAUCAUCCAGAAAUACGCCCAGUCACAUGGGAGCGUGCAGAUGGACAGGUUGUUCCGCAGAGACUCUAGUCUCACCUGUUUGGAAAAGAUGUUGUCGUCUUUGGCCAGACACUUGGAACCCCUGGCAGAUGGAGAGGGAGACCAUUUCCUCUCAGAGAUCCAGUCCCUGUUCCUGUCAGAAUUUAUCUCCAAGCAGAAAUCCUUAUUUCAAGGAGACGGAAAACCUUUAGACAUCUCAAAACCCGUAGAGUCAGAUGAUGACACUUUGGAUCAUCUGGUCAGUCAGGAAAAGUCCCACAAGGCGGAGGAGGAGGCUGAAACAAAUAGUGGCUCAGUUUUGCAUUUAGGCUCAGUAUUAACAACUGAGCACGACUAUUUGCUGUGAAAAUAUUUGAUGUUUUUGACUGAAUUAUUUAGCAGAAAUAAUGUUUGAAGUAAACAUAUUAACAUUUACAUACAGUUUUAUACUUUAGGAUUGUAUUUUAAUGUAGAAACCUCUUGUUUAAAAUGGUUAAAGGUGAGAAGGGACUUGGUUUAAUGCAGCGAAGGAAUUGGAUAUGAGGCGGGACUCGGAUUUAAGCUAAACGACAUAAAUACUGUCGUUUAGCUUAAUAUUCCCGUAGAGUUUUCUGAAUAAUUGGAAACCAAGUUUGUGUUUGAGUGUGUGUGUGGGGCUAUACCUGUGGCUAUAUUACAAAAUAAACUAUUUUUAUAUUUGUUUUAAUGCAUCUAUACAUUUAUUUAUUUACAUAAUUUUUUUUUAUUACAUAUACUAUAAGACAUUUAUGACUUCAAGAGCUGACACAAGCUUUUUCUGCUCCAUCAGGGACAAAAAUCACCCCUGACUCAAAACAAAGGGAAACUUGCCUUGCUGCGCAUAUUAAAAGAUUUGUCAAAAACUAUAAUUUAAAUGGUUAUUUAAUCAUUUUUCAUGUUUAUGUCUUAACUGGAGUCACUUUCCUUCACCUUAUAGUGAUUGUUUUUGUAGCUUUUUAUGAACAUGGCCCUGUACUGAAUUCUGUAA